GAUGGUGCAGAGGGUGCUCCCCUCGCCCUGGCCGGAGACGGUGGUCCCCACGAUGGAGGAAGGGGAGCAGUUCCUGUCGGAGCUCGCGGCGCAAUUCCAGGAGGUCGGCCCCGCCGGCCCGCCGGACAGCCCGCCGCCCGAGCGGGCGGCGGGGGCGCAGGAGGAG